AUGGCCCCUGGUGAUUUGAAUCUUAAGAAGUCCUGGCAUCCAGGGUUAAUGAAGAACCAGAAAAAGGUCUGGGAGAGAGAACAGGAAGCCUUGAACGAGCGAAGAAAGAUAAAAGAGAAAGAGAAAGAACUUGCUAUAGAAAUUGAAAAGAAACGAUUGAAAUCUUUACAAAAACAAAAUCGUUAUUACAAUCCAACUAAUCCUAAUAAUAGUGCAUCUAAUGGUGACGAUGAUGUUGAAAGAAUAGAUUGGAUGUAUGAUAAUUCUCAGAUACCGAAAAGCAGUAUAAAUAAUGAUAAUGAUAAUGAUAAUGGCAAUGAAGAUUACUUGCUCGGCAAAAAAAGAGUAGACGAUCUAAUCUUAAAUAAAGAAAAGAAUAAAAAAAACACUAAAAAAAAGAGAACCGUAGCUUCAAUAGAUACACUAUUGAAUUUAGACUCUUAUUCACCAGCUAAUAAAAAUCAUAUUGCUAACAAUACUGCUAAAAAUGACCAAAGUAAUCAAAAUAAUGAUGAAACUUUUAAAAUAGAUAAAAGUGACCCAAUGUUUUUAAUAAAACAGAAACAGUACAAAAGGCAACAAGUUUUGAAACUCAAAAAUGCAAAUAAAAUAUCAAAACCUUCAAAAUCUCAUAAAAAAUCUAGUAAUGAUAAAUCUGAUUCAAGUCGGCACAAAAAUAGUCACAAAGAUACUUUAUCAUCUUCAUCCAGUCAUAAUUCUUCAAAAGAACAUUUUGAUGAUAAGUAUGAUAAGUAUGAUAAGUAUGAUAAGUAUGAUAAGUAUGAUAGAUAUGAUAAGUAUGAUAGAUAUGAUAGAUAUGAUAAGCGUGAUAACAAAUACGAUAAGCAUCAUAACAGAUUUGAUAGGUAUGAUAAUAAGUAUGAUAAUAUAAGACACUAA